AUGAUGCGCGGAAUGGGCAUGGGAAUGGGUAUUGGAGCCCCAAAGCCAAUCUCCAGUAAUUUGUUGGGAACUCUUUGGCACAAUUCGGUUCUUGCGCCGCAGCUGAGCGCCUUGAAUGUCCUGGACUAUUUUGCCAACCACACGAAUCCUUUCUAUGACCGUACGUGCAACAAUGAAAUCAUCAAGAUGCAGAGGCUAUCGCUGGAGCAUCUGUCAGGCAUGACUGGAGUUGAAUAUGUUGUGCUUCACACACAGGAACCGAUUCUGUAUAUAAUUAGGAAACAAAACCGCACCGCACCCAAUCAGGUCACUCCUCUGAAUGAUUACUAUAUAAUUGCUGGUCAGGUUUACCAAGCACCUGACCUGGGCUCCAUAAUCAAUUCUCGUGUGGUGAAUAUUAUUCAUCACCUUGAGUCCGCUUUAGAUGAAACAAUGACAUACUCUCGAUUCCAUCCGUCGCGUGGAUAUUGGUGGGAAUUUCCAUCUCAAGAUUCUUCCGGAAAAAAGACCGUUCAGAAGAAGCCGGAGGACGGUAGCUCCGCUUUUCAGCGAAUGAGAGUGGACAAAUUGUUGAAUGAUUGGGCACAGAUGUUCCCUCCGAAAAUCAGACCUCCAAUUCCACCGAAUGUUGCUACUCCAAUGUCCGAAGCGUCAGGGAAACAAGAAGGGGUAACGAAUGGUCCUCAAAAUCUUGCAGCUUCAUCUGGAGGCGCGAAACCGACGGUGAAUGACAACUCCAGUACCAAUGCAUCGGCCGAACUGGGUGGUAUGCGUCCAGUUGAAGAUAUAAAGGAAGAGAAAGGGAUUCGAUCUCACCCUCCACCCGAAAAAAAACGCCGAUUAGACCAAACGCUCCCCUCGUGA